AUGCUCCGCGUGGCUGCUUCCGCCAACACCCCCACCAUUUUUACGCAAUCCCAUUCUCAACUGUCGUCCAAGGCCACCGCCUCCGACGAGCCUCAGUCAUCUAACCAUGAAGAUGAUGGCGACGAAGGCCAUGGUGCGCAGUACUUACGCUCAUGGCGCCUCGCCCUUGUGACGGUCUCCCUAUGUCUGGGCACGCUCCUUGUAGCUAUCGACACUACUAUCAUCGCGGUCGCCGUCCCGAAAAUAUCCACCUACUUCCAAGCCUUCGAAGAUAUACAGUGGUAUGGAUCGGCGUACCUCCUGGCAGUCACCGCGUUUCAACCGGCCUUUGGAAGUAUUUACCGAUAUUUCAGCGCGAAAGAGGUCUACCUCCUCUCAAUCUUAGUAUUUGAGAUCGGCUCAGUUAUGUGCGCUGCCGCGCCAAACUCUCGGGUCUUCAUAGCCGGCCGAGCAGUGGCUGGAGUGGGCGCUGCAGGCUUAUAUCAAGGCGCGCUCGCGAUUGUUGGCCUUACUGUGGAGCUCACAAAACGUCCGCUAUACCUGGGCAUCGUCCUCAGCGUUUUUGGCAUCGCUGUUUGCUUUGGGCCACCAUUAGGUGGAGUCUUCACCGACCAUUCUACAUGGCGCUGGUGUUUCUGGAUAAAUUUACCCAUCGGCGCGAUAUCCGUAAUCCUCAUAUUAGCAUUUCUGCGUAUCGAGAAACAACACGAGGCCACUUCAAUGCCGUUGAAGGCGAAGCUAAAGCAGCUCGACCUACCAGGCAUCUCAACUGUUAUCGGGGCGGUUUGUUGUCUGAUACUGGCCCUUCAAUGGGGCCAAGAGCGAGGACAUUGGGGCCAUUCGAAAGUCAUUGGCUGCUUCGUUGGCGCGUUCCUCCUAACGGCCGCUUUCGGGUUAAUCCAGUGGAAGAAAGGCGAUUCGGCGACGGUCCCUCUGAGAGAUCUCUUCUAUAUCCCAUUCUACUUUCAGUCCGCUCAACUCAUAUCGGCAACUUCGAGCGGCCUGAAGGUCAUGCCUCUAGGACUUGCUCAAAUCAUCGCCAUUGUGGUGGUAGGAGCCGUAGUUACCUGGUGGGGCCAUUACGUUCCUUUUAUGGUCUUAGGACAGGCCGUCGCAAUUGUGGGGACCGCACUACUCACUCGAAUAACCGUUACUACACGAUACAUAUUGGUGGCAGUAUAUCUUGUAAUCUCUGGCAUCGGUUUCGGCAUGGGCUUGCAAAUGCCAUUUACAGGCGUACAAACAAAGUCGCCACCCAUUCAAAACGAGCCGCUAAUAUAUGCCAAAGCGAUAAUGGUGUUCUUCUCGCAGCUGGGAGCUGCAAUUGCGAUCGCUAUUGCGCAGAGCGUACUUUCGACAAGCCUGCAGAGUGAUAUUAUGCAGAAAAUGCAAACUUCGCAUGAUCCCCGGUUCGCGAAGUUGCAGCCGGAUCUUGUUCUUGCUGCAGGGCCUACGGGCCUCGAGUCGUUUGCGCAUGAUCCGAUCAUUUUGAAGUUCCUCCAAGACUGCUACGCGGAUGCGGUAAGAAACACCCUAUACGUGGCCCUGGCAACAGCAGCCGGUGCAGUUCCUUUCGCACUGGGGAUGCAGUGGCUGAACGUGAAGAAACUCGGUAAGGACGGGGUUCGAAACGGCGCGGCAAAUUCUGGGUCGGGCACAGGGGAAGUUUCGGAGACUGUUGAAAAAAAUGCUUGA